AUGACCGGAUUACGGUUGCUCCUCAUGUUCUUGGCCGAAGGUCUCUCCCAGAUCACAUACUCCGGGAAAGAGUACCACUUGAUCGAGGAGCCGAGGAGCUGGUCCGAGGCCUGGGAUUAUUGCCGCAGUGAGUAUACCGACCUGGCCAGUAUCCUGAGCCCAGCAGAAGGAACGGUCCUUGCUUUCCUGCCAGUGCCAGAGGAAGGCACCUGGAUCGGCCUGUACAAUGACCAGCAGCUCCCCGACGGCUGGAAGUGGACCACGGGAGAGCAGUUCAGCUACUCCAACUGGGCGGACUCCUACCCCGGGGAAUUCAGCAGCAGCUCCCCCAUCUGCGUUUACCUGAGGCAGGGCCAGUGGUUCGACCUGGAGUGCAGCGUCCCGUUGGCCUCCAUCUGUUACACAGACCUGAAAAAGCCUAGGUACGCCAUUCCUAAGGAGAGCAAAGAGUCCUCUGAAGCAAGCAGCCAGUCGAUGGCAAAUUCAUUUGAUGUCAUAAAUAAAAGGCAUUUUAAACAAAAUCGGUUCCAGCCCAUUGUCAGCGGUGACAGGGUCUACUUCCUCAUCGAGGACGAGAAGAGCUGGACGAAGGCCUGGAACCACUGCCGGAGCCAGUACACCAACCUGGUGAGCGUGAGGAACGCCGAGGAUGCCAGGUUCAUCGCCUCGCUGCCUCACGAGCCCCAGUGGAUCGGGCUGUACAACGACGGGCAGUCCGGAUGGAUGUGGUCCAACGGAGACAAGAUCACCUACACCAAGUGGGCGCUCUGGCACCCCUACAGCUUCAACAGCACCCUGCCCAUGUGCGGCGCCAUGCUGGACGGUGAAUGGCACGAAGCCGACUGCGAUUUCCCAUUUGCCUUCAUCUGCUACAAAGAGCUGAAAGCACAGUCGGAAGCCAGGCCCGGAAAAGUGAGACACCCCGCGAAACCGAGACAGCCUGGGAGUGGUGAGGUGCUCUCUGUGCCCAAGAAGGUGGCCGACAGUGGCGCCUCCGUUAAUGUAGGAGCCAACUCCAAGAGGAUAUACCACAAGAUUCACCUGGAGAGGACCUGGUCAGACGCCCGGGACUACUGCAUGCUCCAUCACACGGGGCUGCUGAGCAUUCGCAACAGGCAGGAGAACACGGUCGCCAGCAGGCUCUACGAGGAGAUCAAGCUGGGCUGGUCCGGCCUGUACAACGACCAGAGGACCAACAGCGGCUGGAAGUGGGCCAACGGCGACCCGGUCGGCUACACCAACUGGAAGCCGGGCAACCCUUACCGCUACAACAUCAUGGCCCCCGUCUGCGUCUACAUCCAGGAGGGCAGGUGGAGUGACGCCCCCUGUCGCUUCCUGUUCCCCUUCGUGUGCUACACGGAGGUUUCUGAAGACCCCUCGGAGGUAGUCACCGAGAAACCCGUUGACAUUGGUGUUAACUGGAAACAGCCACACAAGGUCUCGGAAAAGGACUUGGACGCAGACGACGUCCAGGACCUGCAACAGCCCAAACGGAACUACGUCCUCGUCAACAAAGAGAAGACAUGGAACGAGGCGCAGGAGUAUUGUCGGGCCCAGCACAUGGACCUGGUCAGCGUGCAGCACAUGGUGGAGAACAGCAAAGUGGCCAAGCUGCUGGAGGUAGACCUGGCUGCCUGGAUCGGUCUGUUCAACCAGCACCAGUCUGAGUACGGCUGGAUGUGGACCAACGGGGAACCUGCCACCUUCUUCCAUUGGGACCCCUUCUACCCCAUGGAGUUCACCACCAUGACCGCCUGCGUUAUCCUCGUCAACGAACACUGGAAAGACGUGCCCUGCGAUUACAAGUUCGCGUUCAUCUGUUACUCCGAAGACGCCCUAGCCAGCACACCCUCGAGUGGCUGAAUGAGCUGAGCGAGCUGGGACCAUCCUCGGAAACCACCCUCCUG